UUUCUGAUAUGAUUAAAAAGCCCUCUCCGAAGAGUGGGCGAUCCAUAUACAAAACGGCAUAUGGAUACCCCAAAAUUUUGCCCAAGUCCAGGGGCAAAUACCACCGGGACUGAAGGCGUAAAAUAUCAAUGGCGCCCCGAAGGCAAAUACCAACGGCGCCCCAAAGGCGAAAUACCAAUGGCGUCACGAGGCGAAUACCAUCGGAGGCCCCAGAGGCUAUGGGGUUGCACCGGCAAACAGCAACUAACCGCUUUUGAAUUAAUAAAUUUUAGACGGUGAGUAAAAAAAGGAUAAUCUACUCACUAAUUAAUAAAGAAGGAUAAUUUGCUCACUAAUAAUUUGCUCACACUUAGUUGUCUUCAUUUCUCUGCCUAAUUCACUUUUCCUUAACAGUCUCUUAUUUAUUUCUAAAAUGACUCAUCGCAUAAAUUACACGAUAUCU